CUUUUUGAAGCCAUUACAGGAGGGAAUGCACAUGUAAUCAAUCUCCUUCAGGCGAUCCAGAGUCUCAGAAGCAAAACGAUCGCAUUUCGUCUAGUUAAUUGUUGUUCUAAAGUGAAUUAGUCUAUGGAAUUCGGAAGAAGAUUAUUCUCUCUCUUGAAAACAAGCAAGAAGGAGGAUGAAGAAUUGUUCUUAUCUGCGGGGAACACAAGUGCGCAACUGGAGGAACUUAUAGCCUCUUCUAAUGGCGGACAGGGCAUUCCUAUUCGUAGGUUCACUGCCAAAGAGCUCAUCAAGGCCACUAACAACUUCAAAGAGAUAGUUGGGUAUACUGGAAAUUGUCAUAUCUUUACUGGUUCAUUUGACAAAAGCCCAAUUUUAGUUAAGAAGUUUCGAGAGUUUUCUCCGGACAGAUCCCUGUCCGGAGCUAUCCGGGACAUAGUAAUCACAUCGCGGAUGAGUCAACACAAGAACGUUUUGAAGCUUUUAGGCUUCUCUAUAGAAUUCAAAAUUCCAGUUCUGGUCUAUGAAUGUGCAUGGACUAAAGUUGAACAGCUUCCAAAUCUGCUUUACCCUCGUCCAAAAACAGCGUUCAGGUGGAAAAACAGGCUUAGGAUUGCAACUGACAUUGGAAAUGCAAUUGCUUAUCUGCAUACUGCAUUUCCCGCGCCCAUUGUUUACAGGGAUUUGAAUCCACAAAAUAUUGUGAUCGAUCAAGAUGGUGUUGCUAAACUGCUAGAAUUCUCGUUGUCUACAUCAAUUCCUCCCGGAGAAUCAUCGGUGGAGGAUUGUGUGGUUGGAACGACGGGUUACGGAGAUCCCGAGUACACGAUAACAGGCAUAAUUACAUUGAAGACUGAUGUUUACAUGUUUGGAAUGCUUCUGCUCGUGCUCUUAACAGGGAAGAAGCCUUUGGACCCAUACUCUGGCAGCUUGAAAGAUUGUGUGAAAGACCAUGUUAAGAACAACAGGUUCAACAAAAUAUUGGAUGAUACUAUUUUGGCAGAGGAUGGAGGAAUUCGGAAAGAGCAGCAGCUGCAAGCUUCGGUGGCUCUUGCUCUGAGAUGCGUCGAAAACAAAGGAGAAAAUAGGCCAGAAUUGGUCGAGGUGGUGGAGAAACUCAGGUGGAUUGAGAGGUACAGUAAUUGAUUCAACACCUACUUCCAAUAUAAAGCCAGCUCCUCUGUGUACUGUUAUCUUCUCAUAUCCCAAGUCCCAAGUUCAACUGCAUGCCUGAGCAGUGAGCAGCCUGCCCGUAUAAGCAGCUCAGAAUAAAAUUCCUUUUCCUCUGAAUUCUAGCUAUCAUGAUGUAAGGCAUUUCUACAAUCUGAUGGCCAAAUAAUUGGUGAAACUCAUGUAAGAGAUCAUCUUUCGGUUUGAAUUAUGAAUUUGUUUUAAAACUCUCACAAGAAUCCGUCUACAUGUCCACAUAAAAUGCCUUCUAGUAUAAUGGUCUUUGCAUUGAAUUAACUGAGAUCAAGGUAUCUCAAAAUGACGCAAGUAAAGAGGAGGCGAAAAUGAGCUAAGACUGUUUCGAUCCAGCAUAUGGAAGCAGAAAUGUACAGAAUAGACUCAUGAACCGAAGCCGGUCAAAUGAUGCCUCAUUAUAUGUGGCU